GUUUUCAAUCAUGCAUUUUGGCGCAGGACUCCUACCGAAAUGUGGCCUUUUGGGUUACUUUUGCUGAAUACCGUUGUUUUGCAGGCCAGCUCAUGCCGCGAUUGCGGCGAUCCUGCCAUUGGAAGUGGUCUACUACAAAAAAAGGUACAUAAUGCAUUCGAUCUGCAGCAUCCUGCAAGAGAGGAUUUGGUGCUCUAUGGCCACAUCCAUAUGGCAAAAACUGGAGGUUCGUCUUUAAAUGGAGAGUUGGCAUUAAACUACGAAAGAAUUUGCGGUCUCAAAGGCUAUUCUUACGAUUAUUUUCAAGCACAAGAGCGCUACAAGCACAAUCCAGUUUGGAUUGAAAAUCAUGCGUACCACAGAAGGCUGGUGGUUGCACCUGAGACCAUGGAUGAGAUUGGUUAUGAAGAUUGCGAUUUUGUGUCACAAGAGGACCACUGGUAUUGGUGGAGACAGUUUGCAUCCUGGAAAAUUCGUGUGGAACUGCACCUUCCCUGUCGUGAUCCAAUUGAUCACUUGCUGUCGAACUGUAACUACGCAAAUGUGAUCUUUAAUUGCGAGGGCGACCUAGUGAAUGAGAUCAGUCGAUGUUUGCUCUACAUGGAUAGAUUCAACAACUCGCUGAAUGGUUCUCGAGACUUCCCGAAUUUCAAUGUGAAGUGCUUUAGAAGUGAACUUACAUCGAAGUACAUCGAGUACAUGGGAACCAGACUGCAAAGAAAACGGUUCCAGUCCACCUAUGCAUUCCGUCCCACCAACAAAGCCAGAAAUAAGCGCUAUGAGUGCCUUUGGCAGAAUGAGUCUGCAAAGUUGCAGGUGGAAAAUUAUUUGAAAGAACUUGAUUACUACAAGUUCUGCAACAAGUGCAUCGAUUCUCCGGAUGAUUUGCUUGCUUAUUGGAAUCAAGAACUGCUUCAUUCGAGAAGUUCUUCACCUGGUGCUCAAGAGCAUGAAGCCGCAACAUUCGAACGCCUUGGCCAGGAUUUGGUGCUCUAUGGCCACAUCCAUAUGGCAAAAACUGGAGGUUCGUCUUUAAAUGGAGAGUUGGCAUUAAACUAUGAAAGAAUUUGCGGUAGCAAGGGCUAUUCCUACGAUUAUUUCCAAGCACAAGAGCGCUACAAGCACAAUCCAGUUUGGAUUGAAAAUCAUGCGUACCACAGAAGGCUGGUGGUUGCACCUGAGACCAUGGAUGAGAUUGGUUAUGAAGAUUGCGAUUUUGUGUCACAAGAGGACCACUGGUAUUGGUGGAGACAGUUUGCAUCCUGGAAAAUUCGUGUGGAACUGCACCUUCCCUGUCGUGAUCCAAUUGAUCACUUGCUGUCGAACUGUAACUACGCAAAUGUGAUCUUUAAUUGCGAGGGCGACCUAGUGAAUGAGAUCAGUCGAUGUUUGCUCUACAUGGAUAGAUUCAACAACUCGCUGAAUGGUUCUCGAGACUUCCCGAAUUUCAAUGUGAAGUGCUUUAGAAGUGAACUUACAUCGAAGUACAUCGAGUACAUGGGAACCAGACUGCAAAGAAAACGGUUCCAGUCCACCUAUGCAUUCCGUCCCACCAACAAAGCCAGAAAUAAGCGCUAUGAGUGCCUUUGGCAGAAUGAGUCUGCAAAGUUGCAGGUGGAAAAUUAUUUGAAAGAACUUGAUUACUACAAGUUCUGCAACAAGUGCAUCGAUUCUCCGGAUGAUUUGCUCGCGGAUGAUGUGAGUCUAGAAGGGGGAGAUUACUCGGAAUAACUGAGCAGCGUUUUGAAGACUGCGACUGCGAUCAAUUUCUCUCAGGUUGAAUCGUUGGGUGCACUUGCGAUAUGCAUGCCAUGAUUUCCCGAGGGAGGGCAGCAACCAACGCUUGUCAGAAUGCAGGAUUUUACAAUCUGCAAGCCACAUAUAUCAGCCCUUUCAUGUUGUAUUCUUGUACGGAGGUGUUCUAGAUGUAGAGUAAUAUGCAAGGUCCGAAGUGUUGCAGUUGUAUUCGCCCCAUAACAACACAUUGUUUGGCCAAUCAGUUUGCGCAACGCAAAAGCCAAAAAAA